AUGGGUCAUCCAUGUAGCGAUGAACAUCAUGUCAUUGAUUUCAGUGCAGGAACCUUCUUGAAUAUCCACACGCACACGGUUGAGGUUGUAGGUAGAGAGGUAGGUCGAGGGAAGGCGUGUAUUGAUCUUAUCUGUCCGGAUUAUAAGUGUGGCUUGAUCAUCAAGUAUGAGACUUGCAUUCUAAAUUGGUUUCAAGUGUUCGAUUACUUGGAUUCGAUAAAUACGGCUGAAAUGACAUGGAAAUCGAAUAAAAGAAUUCGAAAUGAAGGAAACAUUACUUCGGAAAUUGCAUCCCGAAGGUCAAUUCGACUUCAGCAAAGGUUCAAGCAUGUUGAAGAGGUGAAGGAUGUUCCGUAUCUUCCGGACGAAGUCAUCAAUAACAUAUUUGAGUAUUUGAACCUCGGUACAAAAUAUGCUUGUUUAUUUAUUAGUCGAAGAAUGUGUCGAUUGAUGGUUCAAAUAUUGUGGAGAGCACCAUUUAAAUUUUGCACUUCCUUCGGGAAUCAUAAAUUGAUUACAACAUAUGUGUCAUGCCUCGACCCCUCUAGGAGGGAAGUAUUAAAACAGGCGGGCAUUAUCUUACCCGAUAAUAUGUCGACUCCUUUGUUUCCAUACCAAUGUUACCUUAAGGAGUUUUCGUUGAAUCCAUUUGAGAAUAUGGUUUUUUGGUGGUACACUCAGAAUCAGAAAUUAGAUGGAAUAAGUCGAUUUGGAUUGCCACGUAAUUUUGAAAUUUUGAUGACCGAAAUGUCGCAGCUCAUAUUUAACUCAGCUUGUUUAAAACAUGUGGACAUUUCUUUAGACUCGGCGUGCACCUUUUUACCAGAGUUUCAAUCAUUUUCGAGAUUCAAGUUUAUCGGAGAAAACAUCACGUCUCUGUCCACAGGCAUAUUUUUUGUAAGUUCCGAAGCGACGAGCAAUCAACUUAUCGAAUUAUUGAAAUCCACGGAAACCUCGGUUAAUAAAAUUCAGUGCAUGGAUAUAAUUCAUUUUUGUGAUUACGUGCCGGAAUUUGUAAGAUUGAUAAAAGCGCAGAGUAAUCUUCGGCAAUUAUCAUUGCGAGAUUCGAAUAUAGUCAAACCAAUUCUUAGAGUAUUGUCAACCACGGCAACGACGACCCUAACAUGGCUGGGAUUGGAAAUGAUAAGUCUUCAACCAAAAUCGUUAGUGUUGCUCACAACCUGUCAAAAUUUGGAAACUCUGGUGCUUGUAAACUGCCUGGAUGUUCCAGUAGACGAAUUCAUCCCCUCCGACGAGCCUCCAAUUGAUCAUCAAUUCGUUAACUUGAGGAAAUUGCAUAUCAUAGAUAAUAGAGCUUUUUUUUACGUCGAUCUUACCGGCCUCAGAGAAAUAUUUCAGAUGACAUCCCGAUCCUUAAAAGAACUCAUCAUAGAUAUGGCUUGUAGUCUUCAGAUGCGGGCAUUGCUUUCAUCAAUGAUCGAGAUUUCACCGAUGAUCACUUCCCUGGCAGUGUGCGGAGGACAAAGUGAUAUUAUGUUCAAGGAAUUCCAAGAGUGGUUAGAGAUUUCAAAGCUGGAGUGCUUAAUCUUGAGACUUAAUGAAAACAAUAUUGGUACCUUCAUCAAGGAUUUAUGCACCCAUUUUCCGAAUUCCCUUGUGCACUUGGAUAUUGACUCGUUGAUCACACCAACUCAAUUAUCCAAUUUUUUGAACAAGUGUGACCAUGUAAACUUCAAGAGAUUGGGGUUGAACGAUAGGAGAGGGAUUAACGACGAACACUUGCAUAUAUUAAUGAAAUACGCAGAAUAUUUUGGAAGUUUGGAAAUAGUGGAAUACGACAGGUGGGCAACGAGAAAUAAGUGGGUGAAACCAUCAAAGUUUAGUGAUGAAAAGUUGAAGAAAGCUGGAAGAUUCAUUAGGGUCAUUAGGCGGGAUGUGUCUUAUCCAUUUCACAAUCCAAUGGAUUCCAACCUGCUUUACGGGCGAAUUCUUUGA